AUGGAAUGUAUAAAUUUUUUAAAGACAACUCAGAUUCAACAUGCUAUUAAACCAAAGACGAUAAUCACUGUUGACACCACCACCUCACUCGAGGAGAUUCUGAGAGUGUUUGAUGAGAAUUCGAUUGUUGCUGCCCCAGUCUAUGAUAAUGAAACAAAUAAAGUGAUAGCUGUAAUAGAUAUGAUGGAUAUUGUUGAUUUUAUUAUAUCAUUUGUCGGAUUGGAGAUAGUUGAUAUUCAACAAAUAUUAAAAGUAGAACCAAGGAAAUUCUUUACUAUCUUGGAAAGUUGUGGUGGUCUAUUUUCUGAUAGUCCAGCAAUUAACAUACUGGCAAAUAGAAAGAAUAAAUUGAUGGUCAUAAGAGAGAGUGAUUCAUUCCUCAACGCAAUAGAGAGAAUGAGUGAAAAGCUAUCGAAACUUUUUAUUGUAGAUAGCAGAAUGACCAUUAUUAAUUUAAUUAGUGAAUCUGAUAUACUGGCAUUAAUUGCUCAAAAUAUACAUGUUUUAGGGGAUGUUAGAACUAAAACUAUAAAUCAAGUUGGUUUGUCAAGUUCAAAGAUAGUUUUAUAUCCUCAAGAAACUAGAGUAAUAAAUAUAUUACAAGAUAUUAUACAACAAAAAAUAACAGCAGUUCCUAUUAUCGACUCUAAUAAAAAAUUGUUUGCCAAUUUUUCGAUAUCAAACCUAAAAGGUUUGACAAAGAAGAACUUUUCAGAGUUGAUGUUACCAGUGGUUGAUUAUUUACAAUAUCAAAAUAUUAAAGAGAAGAAGAAUAAUCUUUCGUGUUUGAAGGAGAAGUCUUUCCAUCCACUAACAGUUUAUUCGUGGGAUACUGUUGAGAAUGCAAUCUACAAAAUGGUAUCUACAAAGGUGCAUCGUUUGUGGGUAGUCGAUAUCGAUUGUCAUCCAAUAUCUGUUGUGACAAUCGAUAGUAUACUGAAACUAAUGUCAAUGUCAAGAAUGGAUAUUAACCAAUAA